AUGCCGAAAGCAGAAGUCGGCUCGACAAAGCACCUGAGCAACAAGCUCAAAAGCAAAGGCCUGCAGCGGCUGCGGUGGUACUGCCAGGUGUGCGAGAAGCAGUGCCGCGACGAGAACGGCUUCAAGAUGCACACGCAGUCCGAGUCGCACGUACGGCAGAUCCUCGUCGUGGGCGAGGAUCCGAAGAAGUUCCUCAACGAGUACAGCAACCAGUUCCUUCGCGACUUCACACAGCUGCUCCGCACGGGUCACGGCGAGAAGCAGGUGCAGAUCAACCACUUUUACCAGGAGUACAUCGCCAACAAGGAGCAUGUGCACAUGAACGCGACGAAAUGGCCCAGUCUGACCGAGUUCGCGAAGCACCUGGGCCGCGAGGGCAUCUGCCGUGUCGAGGAGAACGAAAAGGGGAUUCACAUCGCGUGGAUCGACAACUCGCCUGAGGCGCUCAAGAGGCAGGAGGCGCUGAGGAGAAAGGAAGCGCAGGAUCGGGGAAAUGAAGAGGUCGAGCAGAUGAUGAUCCGGGAGCAGAUCAAGAGGGCGCAGAAGGCGGCCGAGGCGAGAGGUGAGAAGGCGGACGACGAGCAGGAGAGGGAGAGGGGACUGCAGAGGGCCGAAGGGGAGAAGAUCUCGUUGUCAUUCGGGGCCAAACCUGCGGCGGCAGCGAAGGAGCCUAGUCCGACGCAGUCAAAGUCUGCGGAGCCCGAGACUUCGACGACGGCGCUCGCAGACGUGGCGGACAAAACAGAUAAGCCUGCUGAGAAACAGCCCGAGAAGCCGUCGCUCGGUGGUGGUCUGUCGCUCAAGAUGACGGCGAAACCGCAGACGAAGAACGUCUUUGCCCAGGCCAAGAAGAACGCGCUGUCAGGCGGCAGCAAGAAGACGGCCAUCGAGCAGCCCAAGAAGAUGAGCGAAGCCGAGAGGAUUAUGAAGGAGGACAUGGAGAGGCAGGAGAGGAAGCGGUCGAGAGAAGGGUCCGGGUUUGGAGGGUUCUCGUUCAAGAAGCAGAAGACAGACCAGCGGUGA